GUGUGUACGCCGUCCGCGGGCAGCCAGUCCGUCACCUGACAUGCACCCAGGCUGACAUGGAUAUCGAAUUCGAAGACCUGACGUUCAACGUCGACCGGGGAUGGUUCAAUCUGAAAGAGGGGAAAAGGACUAUUUUGAAAUCCGUCAAUGGACGUUUCAUGGCUGGCAACCUGAGCGCCAUCCUCGGUCCGUCUGGUGCCGGCAAGACGUGCCUCCUCAACGCCAUCUCAGGCUAUAGGUCUGCCGGCGUGAACGGCAAGCUGAUGACAAACGGACAGCCCAGAGACAAAGAGAAAUUCAGAAAGGCCUCCUGCUACAUUACACAGGAAGACCUGCUCGUCCCGCACCUGACGCUCAACGAGGUCAUGACCUUCGCCGCAUCCCUGAAACUCCCUUCGUCUUACACAUCCAAGCAGAAAAAGACUGUGAUAAACGAGAUACAGAUAAUGUUAGGACUUAAAGAGUGUAAAAAAACCCCGACGGAUUCGCUUUCAGGAGGUCAGAAAAAGAGGUUGUCCAUCGCCCUCGAACUGAUAAACAACCCGCCUGUACUUUUCCUAGACGAGCCUACAAGCGGACUGGACAACGUGUCGACGUCGAAUCUGAUCCGUCUGCUUAGAAAUCUGGCCCACCAGGGGAGGACGAUCGUCUGCACGAUUCACCAGCCUCCAGCUAGUUUGUUCAAGCUGUUCGACCACGUCUAUGUCCUUGCGGCAGGCUACUGCGUCUACCAAGGCGCAUCUGCAGAGCUGGUCCCGUUCCUGUCCCAGCAGGGGUUCGACUGCCCUACAACCUACAACCCAGCGGAUUUUGUCAUCGAGUUGACCGAGGACGAGGGGAACAUCAGCCGUCUUUCGACAGCGACAGCCAACGGUAAAAUGGUUAAGUUCAGCAGUUCAUCGAUUGAGCAAAACAGGCGAGAGUACGCCGUCGGUGACAAAACGGACACAGUCGACCUUUUCAACUACGGCCGGGUCGGUGACGACUGCGACAAACGCUCCUGCUCGCACCUCCCUGUCUCCUGCUGGAUGCAGUUCAUCACCCUUCUGUCAAGGAUGCUUCUACAGAUCAAAAGAAAUAAAGUCGGACUGAGGAUUCAACUGGGCAACACGCUCUUCUGCUCGCUCACCCUGGCGAUCAUGUUCUACAAAAUGGCCAAGGACGGCAACCAGUUCUUCAACCAUAUGAAGUUCUGCAUCGGGGUCAUCAUAUUCCACACUUACACACAGUGCAUGGGCCCUAUACUCACAUAUCCUUUUGAGGUUAAGCUGGUCAAGAAGGAACUUUUCAACCAGUGGUACGGCCUUUUUCCUUAUUACGUAGCUCUGACGUUCUCCAGGGUUCCAGGAAUCGCCCUGUUCAAUCUGAUAUAUUUAUCGAUAGUAUAUCCUCUUUCCGGGCUGCCGAUGGAAUUGGAGAGGUUUCUUGUAUUCGUCGCAGUCGGAUUGUCAGUCGCUUUCGUCGCAGACGGGAUCGGCCUGGCGAUCGGUUCCGUUUUCAGUGUGACGAACGGAGCCGCCGUGGGACCGCUUUCGAUCGCCCCGUUCCUCGGGCUGGCCAUUUACGGCUUCGAUUUCGCCCGGGACAUACCGAAGUACAUGACGCCCCUGUUGAACCUGUCGUUCAUGCGGUCCGGGGUCACGGCCCUCGUGAUCGCCGUCUUCGGCAUGAACAGGGAGAAGCUGGAGUGCAGCGACCCUGUCUACUGCCACUUCCAGGACCCGGAGGUCACCCUCUACUACCUCAAGCUGCAAGGUGUCUCGCCUUGGUCCGAAGUGCUCACCCUUGUCGCGAUGGUCCUCUUUUACAGGGUCGUCUUUUACCUCGGGCUCAAGUGGCGAUUUAAAUCAUGAUCACCGUCGAGAAAGCACGAAAUCACGUACAUUUCCCAAUCAUAACAGUGGAAAUUCACCCAUUUUAAGCAGUGUUAUGUAAUUAAAAACUAUGUAAAUACUAUCGCAAUUUUUUUAAACCUAAGAAAAAUAUCUUAACCACAAAGCUUUGUAAAUUUUGCUACAACAUACAGAGCUAUUAUAUUUAUAAAUUCAAUUGUGAAAAACGAACUCUGUUAAAUAAAAAAUAUUUUUGAUAAAAUA